GUGCUCUUAGCCCGGGCCGGACUAGUUUAUCUAUAGGGCUCAACAACGAAGGGUCUGACGAAAAGUUAACUCUGUUUUCUCACUACGCAUGCUGUCGGACCUGCUGUGGUUUUCCUGCAGUCUACUUUUUUUUCAGAUUUCCGGUUCUUUAAUGCUUAUUUCCUGCAGCGCCGUAUCCGUUCCAGCGCAGGCGCAAGAGGCGGGCAUUGUGACUCUUCAAUCAAUUCACAGAGGGCUUUGGUCUGACGCAGGAGCGGUGACCUGAGUUUGAAGGGUUUUACGUUGCAGUCUCAAAGAGCCCUGUGCCGUAUUGUUUUGAGAGGGUGACGGGGUGUAGAGGAAUGUGGUCCACGGCAAGCCGGUCUACAGCACGAGUGCACAGAUGUUUAUAUUACUUGAAAACAAUACAGAAUGAAUCUCUUCAGUCCUCGGUUUGUACGAAAAGAUGUGUUGCCUCCUCUUCAUCUUCUCACAUCACUACUCACUACACAAUCCAUCCUCGAGAUAAAGAUUCACGAUGGGAAGGGGUCAACAUGGAGCGGUUUGUAGAUGAAGCUGAUGUGGUGAUAGUAGGUGGAGGACCUGCUGGUCUAUGUGCAGCAAUCCACCUUAAACAGUUGGCCGAAAGACAUGAUAAGGAAGUACGAGUGUGUUUGGUGGAGAAAGCUGCGCAGAUAGGUGGACAUAUCCUAUCAGGGGCUUGCCUGGAUCCAAAAGCUCUCAUUGAGUUGUUUCCAGAUUGGAAAGACAGAGGGGCUCCACUACAUACGCCAGUGAAGGAAGAUGCAUUUAGUAUUUUAACAGAGAAAUACAGAAUUCCAGUUCCACUGUUACCAGGUCUUCCCAUGAGGAACCAUGGAAAUUACAUUGUACGUUUAGGACACUUGGUUAGAUGGUUAAGUGAACAGGCAGAAGAACUUGGUGUGGAAUUGUACCCAGGGUACGCAGCCUCUGAGAUUUUGUUCCAUGAAGAUGGGAGUAUUAAAGGGAUUUCUACCAACGAUGUUGGCAUUCAUAAGGAUGGUUCUCCAAAGGACACAUUUGAAAGAGGAAUGGAACUUCAUGCCAAAGUCACGAUAUUUGCUGAGGGCUGCCAUGGACACCUUGCCAAGCAAUUGUACAAACAAUUCAAGCUAAGAGAGAACUGUGAACCUCAGACGUAUGGUAUAGGAUUAAAAGAGAUUUGGGUUAUUGACGAAAGUAAAUGGAAACCUGGGAGAGUGGAACACAGUGUGGGGUGGCCUCUAGAUAGGCAUACAUAUGGUGGAUCAUUCCUUUAUCAUUUGAAUGAGGGAGAGCCUUUGGUGGCUUUGGGCUUUGUGGUGGGUCUGGAUUAUCAAAAUCCAUAUCUGAAUCCAUUUAAAGAAUUCCAGAGAUGGAAACACCAUCCUUCAAUAGCACCAACCUUAGAAGGUGGAAAAAGGAUUGCUUAUGGAGCGCGUGCCUUAAAUGAAGGUGGUGUACAGUCUGUACCCAGGAUGUCUUUCCCUGGUGGUCUAUUGGUUGGCUGCAGUCCAGGAUUGUUGAAUGUCCCUAAAAUUAAAGGCACACACACUGCUAUGAAGAGUGGAAUGAUUGCUGCAGAUACCAUCUUUAAUAAACUAAUUGAAGAUAAUCACCAGCCUGUGACUCAGGGCCUACAUAUACCAGAGUAUGACACGCACAUUAGAAACUCUUGGAUUUGGAAGGAACUUUAUUCUGUGAGGAAUGUCCGACCCUCCUGCCAUGGACCAUUGGGUGUUUAUGGUGGAAUGAUUUACACUGGAAUAUUUUACUGGAUAUUUCGAGGAUUGGAGCCCUGGACACUGAAACACAAAGGUGCAGAUUAUUCUCAGUUAAAACCAGCCAAAGAUUGCACACCCAUUGAAUACCCUAAGCCAGAUGGAAAAAUCAGCUUUGAUCUUCUAUCCUCUGUGGCCCUUAGUGGAACUAAUCAUGCAGAUGAUCAGCCACCACACUUGACACUACUUGAUGAUAGUGUACCAGUGAAGAGGAAUUUGGGUCAGUUUGAUGGACCAGAGCAAAGGUUCUGUCCUGCAGGUGUUUAUGAGUAUGUUUCUUUGGAAAGUGGUAAUGGGAUGAGAUUGCAGAUUAAUGCCCAGAACUGUGUUCACUGCAAGACGUGUGAUAUUAAAGAUCCCAGCCAGAAUAUCAACUGGGUGGUCCCUGAAGGAGGUGGUGGCCCUGCUUAUAAUGGAAUGUAAUCAACUUACAAUCACAAACUGGAGCUACAGAAUUAUGUGGUUGCAUAUUGUAUUAUUGUACUGGGGUGCUUUUUAAAUCCAGCUUUCAACUGUAAAGCUAAAAGUGAAGGAUUACAUUUUUACAAUUAACUUGAUAUUUCAUUCUGAUUUCAGUAACUGUAUAUAAAUUGGGUUCAGUUGUUCAGAGGAACUGUCAAUCAAAUAAAUCAAAAUAAAACAGCCAAACAUUUGCCCCUAAAUGAUGUACCUGACUCAGGCUUGUGUUUAAUGAAAGACAUCUGGUAACAAUUAAUCUUCAUAUAUUGAGGCCUAUAAUUUAGCCUGUUCAGCUUUCACUGUAAAACUAUAUUUAAAUAAUGUGCACAUUGAGAAUGCAAAUAUGAUUAUUUUUGAUAAACUACUGCAAAUUCAAGUUUUUUUCAAAAUUGAUCAGUUAUUUACUAUAUGGAAUAUAAAUUCUGUGUUUUGUUGAAAAUUUACUUUUAAUUGGUUUGAGUACCACUGAAAAUAUAUGCAGAAACAUAUUAACAUUAAAUACUGAACUACUUUUAAAAAAAAGUAACAAUCUCUUUUUUUGAAUCGUAGUCCCUCUUUUUGCAUUUAUCCACAGUGUAUACCAGAUGAAGUAAAACUUUCAUGUAUGUUUUGAUGUGCUGAUUUUUAAGCUAAUAUCUUAUUGGAACCAAUUAUGAAAUAUAAAGUUAAAAAUGAAUUGUAAACAAUGCAAAGUCUUUGUGAGAAGAGGAUAGAUGGACAUCUUUUAAUCACCAGAAUUAGUGGUUAUUGCUUUAGUGAUAGGAAAACAGUAAUAAAUCAUGAUGCCUCGCAUCUACUAAUCAUCAUUAAAACAACUGUUUAUGAUGUAAUAUGAAAUUAUUGGUUUGUAAAUAAAAACUUGUAAAUGUUCAAUUUCUGUAAUAAAAAUUAACUAAUUUGUA